AUGAGCUCAUCGCAGAUAAUAGCCUCAGAGAAAGAAGCAUUUUUGAAGAGAGUUAGCUGUGCACUGGAUCUGGCAAAGAAAGAGAAAGAUGCUGCAUUAGACAACGAGACAAAGGAAGAGAUUUACAAGACAAUAUCAUCUCCAAUCCACAGGGCACACGAGUCCAUUGUUGCUCUUGUGAGUAUUUUCAUAAAACCGAAGACAAAAACAGCCUGGAUCAUCGAGAGAAAAAGAGAACUGCUGGAAGCAGUGGUAGUAAUCCUUAAGAAAGUCACAUUUAGAUCACAGGCUCUUAUUUUCCACACAAAAGAAAUACUUGCGGUUAUAAAUAAGAGAUGCACAGAGUCGCAGGAUGCAGAAGAAAAAAUAAAUCUGCUGUUCUCCCAGAUAAAAAUAGCCAAUGAAAUACCGGAUGACGAGCACUUCAGAAAUAUAGAAGCUGGAGCAAUUGGUCAGCUGAAGAGUCUCCUGGGCCUAGAGUGGAACUUCAUAGGAAGACCAGGAUACAGAUAUCCAGGGCAACAGACCUCUGUUCCUGUGCUAGUGUGCGAGGUAGAGAAUGCAUCAUCUUUAGAGUUAAAUGACACUAUCUCUGAUUCUUCUGGAAAUAUAACCAGUAGGCUGGAUGAAAUAGAGAAAGCACUUGAGUCAGGAGACAGAUACUAUAUAUUCCCAGUGGUUCUUGAUACAUUGAAAUUCUAUCUAUCUUACAACCAGAAAGACCUCCUGUACUGCCUUGCCAAACAUUUUCUCCUCAUAGGAACAGAGCACACAAAGUCGCAGGCAUCCGCAGUUGCACAUAUGCUCAUAAGGGAAGGAUACUCCGAUGACGCCAUCCUGAUAUAUGCUGUAUCCCUGCCUGAUCGGCCGCUCGUUACGCUCUCUCUAGUGGAGUACAGCAUUACCCCGGAGAAUCCCCUGAAAGAAAAAGAGCAUGAAUUGAUAUGGGCCAAUGCCUUAGCUGCCACAGCAUCGCAUGUGUUAGCUGUUCCUCUCUUCCAAAAGCACAAGGAAACAGACCAGCUGAUCAUGUCGCUGGUUCUAGCAGGAAAAAGAGACAUAGCAAGGCCUCUGCUGCAGGAGAGAAUAGAAAAGAUAAAAGAUGAGCUGGUUAUGAGCGAGCUAGUAAGUGGCACAUACUCUCUGCAUAAGCCAUCAGCACACUCCAAAGAGCCAGGAGUACUUCUAAAAAUAGAAAUGGCAUCAUUGCUGUACGCCCUAGGGUGCAUGGAUGAUAGCAUAGACCAUCUUAAAGAAGCAUUCACUCUCGUCAAAACAGCCAAGUAUGCCAAGUCUCUGUGCACAAGAUUACUUCUAAAUGGGAGACAUGAAGAAGCACUAAAAAUUUUGCAAGAAUGCAAGUUCGAAGUGUUGGACAUAGAUACGCUGCUGAUAACAGCGGUGUCUUUUGCACAGAGCAAGAAGUAUGCAGACGCUGAGAGAGUCCUUAAGUACGCUUCGAUAUUCAAUCCAAAAAACGAAAGAAUAGACUUGGCUCUCCAGAAUAUUCUUAUGCAGCAGGGAAAGAUGGAAGAAGCAAUGGACAACUUGCUCCAGAAAAUAAAAACAUACACGCCCAACAUAGCAAAAGACUGCAACAUGCUGUUCAUGUUUGCGCACUCCUUCAUGAUGUUCAGGUACGCAGAAAGUGCCAUCAUGGCGCUCUAUCUAAAAACAGGACAGAUGCCAGCUGAGUGGAUGGAGAAGCUGCUUAAGUCAGCAGAAGAGCACAGAGAGGCAAAAGAAGCAUAUCUGUCUAUAUGCACCCAGGUGAAGAGCCUAGGACUCAUUGAAGGAAUAAGGGCAGCUCUGCAGUACUCUCCCGGGGUAACAGCAGAAACAGAGUACUAUGCGAGAAAAAGAGUGAUAGAGUACUCCAUCCACACAAGAGAGUACAAUCUAGCACACGAGCACCUGGCAAAGAUGAAAAGCCUGUCCGGACAGAUAGAUCAGAGCCAGGACUACCUUGAUACGGUGUGUGCGUUCUAUAGAAGCCAGGAGAUAAGAUAG